GAAUAUCCGUUCCUCACAAAUUAUCUGACAUAUAAGAUUUUUCUUUACCUUCAUCAAAUGAAACAGGCCCAUUUGAUGCCCAUUUCAAGGUCUUUCUUCUACUGCCUGUCUUGUGGUCACUUCUCAUUAAUCCUCCAGGGAAGACUGUGCAGAAGAGAGAAAAGAUGAAAAGCAAAUGAAUCAUUUUCUAAUUGUUAGCAGCUCUGGAAAAUGAUUUGGUAGAAGAGAUUGAAGCUAUUCUGGAAAUUCUUUUGGAUUUUGUUUUAUGUCAUCCAUCUGCAUUGCCUCUGAUAUGUUCUGAAUAAUAGCCAUUAAUUCAGAAUCCAACUAUUGGUUUUCCUGGAAGCUGGGCUCCUGAAAACGCAGCACUGGAACAGAUGGAUAAUGGAGACUGGGGCUAUAUGAUGACUGACCCAGUCACGUUAAAUGUAGGUGGACACUUGUAUACGACAUCUCUCACCACAUUGACGCGUUAUCCAGAUUCCAUGCUUGGAGCUAUGUUUGGGGGGGACUUCCCCACAGCUCGAGACCCUCAAGGCAAUUACUUCAUUGAUCGAGAUGGACCUCUUUUCCGAUAUGUCCUCAACUUCUUAAGAACUUCAGAAUUGACCUUACCCCUGGAUUUUAAGGAAUUUGAUCUGCUUCGGAAAGAAGCAGAUUUUUACCAGAUCGAGCCCUUGAUUCAAUGUCUCAACGACCCAAAGCCUUUGUAUCCUAUGGAUACUUUUGAAGAGGUUGUGGAGCUCUCUAGUACCCGGAAGCUUUCUAAGUACUCCAAUCCAGUGGCUGUUAUCAUAACUCAAUUAACCAUCACCACCAAGGUCCAUUCCUUACUAGAAGGCAUCUCGAAUUAUUUUACCAAGUGGAAUAAGCACAUGAUGGACACCAGAGACUGCCAGGUUUCCUUUACUUUUGGACCCUGUGAUUAUCACCAGGAAGUUUCUCUGCGGGUCCACCUCAUGGAAUACAUUACAAAACAAGGUUUCACGAUCCGCAACACUCGCGUGCAUCACAUGAGUGAGCGGGCCAAUGAGAACACAGUGGAGCACAACUGGACUUUCUGUAGACUAGCCCGGAAGACGGAUGACUGAUCCCCAGUGCUGGAGAAGAAGUUCCUGGAAACUGACUCUCCAGGAAAUGGAAGAGACUUUUUUUUUUUUUUAAAUCACAAUGUGGGCUUUUUUUUUUUUUUUUUUAAUAUUUGUAUUUAUUUGAAGGCAUUGAGAACUGAGAAGGAAGUUUUAUGCUUUCGCAGACUCUUCCAUGUUUUGUUUCCUUUACCCUGAGUAUGCAUGUGCCUGUUCUGAGUCUCCAGAUACCUUUUUUAUAAAAAGAAGUCUGAAAAUCAUUAUGGUAUAUAAUCUAUCCUUAACAGAGCUUUUUUUUUUUUUUUUAUUACAGUGCUAAAAUGAUUUCUGAUAAAAUGGCCCCAAAUAACUAGAAGGCUAAAAAUACAGGAAUGAAAAAAAAAGCAGAAUACUCAUGAUGCCUUUGAAAAAAAAUCAAAUAUCAUGUAGGGUGACCUAGUUUCCAAACCAGUAAGCAGUAUUAUAAUAUUAAAGGAAAACUGUUCCAAUCAUUUAAAGGUACUUAUUAAGUACUGCUUUUCACAGUUAUGACAACUGUUACUUUCUAUGCAUAUAAAUCAAGCAACCAAAUAUCUGUAGCCAUGGAAAUAUCUGACUAGAAAUAUUUAUAUUGGAUUCUGAAUACAAAAUGUCCCUGUGGUAGAAAUCUUACUUCUUAUGCCUGGUGCAGUAUAAUUCCCAAGUGUUCUGUCUACCAGGAAAAACAAAAAAAACCUAAUAAAAAAUGAAAUAAGAAAAUUA